CAGUCAACAGAUAUCCUGUUGCCACCAGCAGCUGUUCAGCCGGAGACACAGGAAGACCUGAACGGACUGAGACUGCUGAGAACAAAAUGGGGAGCUCCUGAAAUGUUUCCACCUCAAGACAAACUUUGUAUGAAGCUAAAACUAUAAAAUUAAUUAAGUCAAAAGAAAUGAAAAAACUUGACCUGAGAGAGGUAAUGUCUCCGCUGCAGCUGUCCGUCUACUGGCGUCUGUCCCUCGUCUUCGUCUUCACCUCUUUCCUCUUCUUUCUCGACAUUUUCACGGACGCCAUCGUCGCGGCCUCUUGUCGCCACGGCAACGGCACCGGCGCGGCGGGCAACCAAUCACGGCCCGGGGAAGUUUCGGAGCGCGAAGCCGAUUGGAGGACGGAGGGCGGGAACCGAGAUAAACACUAUUAAUCCAGCUUAGGAGUACUGCCAAGGGACCAGCUGUCUGCUGUGUGACCGGUCAGUGUGUGGUUGGACAGACUGGUUGUCCUACGGUCAGACUCUCUACAUGGUCGGCCUGCUGCUGGGGUCUCUGUUCGGAGGAGCGAUAUCCGACCGGUACGGGAAGCGUCCGGUGCUGCUGGUGUUUGUGUUCGUGCACGCCGUGUGUGGCCUCGUGCCCGCCAUCCAUCCUCAGGCGCUUCUCUUCCUCGCUGUUCGCUGCCUGACGGGCGUCUGCUGCUGCUGCAUCAACAUCUGCUCCUUCAGCCUGGCGGUGGAGUGGACCCCCCCCGCCGCUCGGCUCUGGCCGCCGGCCUUCCUGCCGUUCUGCUUCAGCCUGGGGACGAUGGGUGGAGCUCCGCUGGCCUGGCUCAGCCCCACCUGGAGACACCUGCACCUGUCGCUGGCUCUGCCUCAGCUCGUCUGUCUGCCGCUCUACCUCUCGAUCCCUGAGUCUCCUCGCUGGCUGCUGUUAAAAAGGAGGACGGAUGUUCUGGACCGUUACCGUAGCAACAGCCCGGCGGAUAAACAGUGUCUGGACCUGCUGUUGGACUCGGACUGGUCUGACUUGCAGAAAGCCACCGAGGCUCAGAAGGAGCAGCCUCCUGAAGGCCACGCCCCCAGUGACAUCAUCCACCUGAGACACCCGACCGUCCUGCUGCGGCUGUUUAUCAUGAGCUACCUGAGUGCAGCGUCAGCGCUGACGUACUUCGGCAUCUGUAUGAACAUCGGCUCGUUUGGCGUUGGCGUCUACUCUGCCCAGUUCUUCUCCGGCCUAUCAGAGGCUCCCUGCCUGCUCGUCCCAUUGGCUCGCCUGGGACGCCGGCCAAUCAGCAUGCUCGCUCUGUUCCUGAGCGGAGCGGCCUGCUUCCUGUCGUUACUGCUGUCCAGAUACAACGGUGAGCCUGUGUUGGUGAUGAGUCUGGCUCUGCUGGGGAAACUCUGCAUCCUGGCUGCCAUCUUCAUCUCCAUACUGUACAGCAUUGAGCUGUUCCCCACUGUGGUCAGACAGCGGUGUGUGUCCCUGGUCAACUUGUGUUUCCGGCUCGGUUCUCUGGUCAACUCCCUCGUCCCCCACAACCCAAAUGGAGCGAUCUCAUUGGCUGCCAUGGUUGUGUACAGCAGUGGACCAAUCAUAGGCUGCGGUCUGUGCCUGCUGCUGCCGGAGACCAGCGGCGUCCCACUUCCUGAUUCGGUGGAGGACUGUGACAGGCAGCCUCGGCCCCGCCCACCCAGCAUGGGCGCCCUCUGGAGGACACGGAAGCUGGUGAGCGGUCAAACCACGAACGCAGAGAUCCUCCCUGCAGAGAAAGACGACACACACACAGGACUGAUAUGAACACACACACACACACACAGUCUGAGGCUUAGUUUGUUUUAACUGUAACGAGCAGCUUUAAUUUUUGUGUUUAGUUCUGAUUUUAAAUUAAAGACCAAAAAGCUGAGGGAGCACAGAGCGAUCAGCGAGUUCAGAUUAGAGAAGACGAAGGUGAGCGAACAUGUUGCAGGAGGUGUGUUUUAUUCCCAUGUUGUUGUUGUCACUUUGUUUUCAUCGCUGUGAAAAUAAACCGAACUGAAACGGC